GCGCUGAUUUCCUCUUUCUCUGGAGCUGCUGCGACUCUCAGUCGGAUACUGUUGAAUCGAGUAUGUCUCACACUGUGACUCUCAGCGGUCCCUCGCCGUGGGGUUUUCGGCUAGUGGGUGGAAGGGACUUCAGCACCCCGCUCACCAUCUCCAGAAUAACACCUGCAAGUAAAGCAGCACUGAGCGACCUGUGCCCGGGAGACACCAUCCUGGCCAUCAAUGGAGAUAGCACAGAGAGCAUGACACACAUGGAGGCCCAGAACCGCAUCAAAGCCUGCACAGAUCAGCUUGUUCUGGUUAUCAGCAGAUCUGGAAGAGUUUGGUCUCCAACUGGAAUAGAAGAAAACAAGAGCAGUUCAUACAGUGGCACACUGGAGUCUGAGUCACAGACCUUCCGACCAAUCAGCAGUGGCUAUAGCCCCUUUCCCAAGAGCCCAUCCCCCAAGAGUCCAAUUACCUGCGGCGUGCCCUGCAAUAAUGGCAACUCAAGACCUAUGUACAACAAUCCAGCUGGAUUAUAUUCAAACAACAACGGCAACGGUGCUCUACCGAAGCAGAUGGCAGGCCUCAGUCUAUGCUCUCCAAACAGUUUCAGCCCUGAACCGUCAGUGAAUUCAUCAGGCAGCCGCAAUGGGGUCGACACACAGUCAGAUGUCUACAGGAUGCUUCAGGACUAUGAGGAACCUGUGUCAGCUCCCAAACAAUCUGGAUCCUUUAAAUACCUGCAGGGAAUCCUGGAAGCAGAAGAUGGGGGGAUUUCUCCAGUGGAGAAACAUUCAGUGAGAGGCUUGCGUUCUCCCGUCAAAUCUCCAGUACCAAAACUGUGCAGCCCCAUCAGCGCUCCUCUCGCACCCAUCCCUGGACUACAGAAACUGCCCCAGUGCACGCGCUGUGCUAAUGGCAUUGUUGGAACCAUUGUGAAGGCCAGAGACAAGCUCUAUCAUCCUGACUGUUUCAUGUGUGAUGACUGUGGGCACAAUCUAAAGCAGAAAGGAUAUUUCUUCAUUGAUGAAAAUCUGUAUUGUGAGACCCAUGCCAAGGCGCGUGUGCAACCCCCUGAAGGCUAUGAUGUGGUGGCCGUGUACCCCAACUCUAAAGUUGAACUGGUCUGAACAUACGUUUUUUGGCAAGGAUUCGACAUGACCAACCCAAUCCUGCAAUCCAUGUGGGAAUGAGAAUAGCAAACUGAAACUUCUGCUUAAAAUCUUUUUCAGACACUGCUCAACUUUCUCCUAGAUUUAUGUUCUGUUUUUAACCUGCUGUGUUGCCACUGAUCUCAAAAGAAGAGCUGUUGUCUUGGCCAGCACCACUUUUCCUGUGGUUAGAAAGUCAACUCUGGUGUUGCUUUAAGAAGAAAAAUGGAAACGUAAGGUAACACUGUAGAAAAUAAACCACGACCCAGAUACUUUGAUGAACAUCUGUUCACCUAAAUUCCAGUGGCACCCCAGAGAUUUAUUGUUCUGAAAGAUGUGAUGGACUGAGCUGUUCAAAAAGGCCAUGAAAAAUGCCUCAAGCCAUAUGGAAAAUGGUAAUUAUAUUCAUUUAUUCAGAAAGUUUGGGACGUUAUGUUUAUUCUUUGGCUAAGAAGCCAAGAAGUGUAUUAUUAUUAUUAACUUUUCCGUAGACGCAAGUAAGAGGCUCUAGAAAUGGAGCACUAUUUCUGUUUGUAUGCUAGAUCAUUUGAUUGGCUUUAAGCAGACUUAGAAACAAAACAUAAUCUAUCCAUGUACGUGACUGCAAAUGCUAGCUAUGUAAGCUUUAUUUCAAGUGUCAUUGUGUUAGAAAUGUAACGCAACUAUGAAUUGCAUUCUUGGAAGUACAGUGUUGAGUGUUAUCUGAUUACAAAAUAAUUAGUUACUGUAAUGUAAUUACCUUUAAGUCAAAAUUAGUUACACAUGACAUGUUAAAUUCUAGUAAUCACAUUAGUUUCUUACAAAUAAAUGAAUUAGUACAGUACAUUACUUGAGUUACACAUUUCUAAAGUAGUACUAUUUAUGUAGAAUUUUAAACAUGAAUUAUGUACAUAUAUUGAUGAGCCAAAUCAUUAUGACUACCUGCCUAAUAUGCUGUUGGUCCGCCACGUGCUGCAAAAAUAUCACCGACCCACAAAGGCAUGGAAUCUACAAGACCCCCGAAGAUGUCCUGUGGUAUCUGGCACCAAGACAUCAGCAGCAGAUCCUUCUAGUCAUGUAAGUUGCGAGUGGGGUCACCGUGGAUUGGACUUGUUGGUCCAGCACAUCCCACAAAUGCUCAAUCUGAUUGAGAUGUGGGGAAUUUGGAGGUCAGGGCAACAACUUGAACUCUUCAUCAUGUUCUUCAAACCAUUCCACAACAAUGUGUGCAGUGUGCCAUGAAGGGGUAUACCUGGUCUGCAAUACUGUUUAGGUAGGUGGUACGUGUCAAAAUGACAUCCACAUGAAUGGCAGGACCCAGACAUUGCCCAGAGCAUCAUGCCCCCUCCACUGGCUUGUCGUCUUCUCACAGUGCAUCCUGGUGACAUCACAUCCCCAGGUAAAUGGCGCACAUGUUCACGGCCGUCCACAUGAUGUAAAAGAAAGUGGGAUUCAUCGGACCAGGUGACCCACUUCCACUGCUCCAAGGUCCAGUUUCUAUGCUCACGUGCCGAUUGUAGGCACUUUCGAUGGUGGACAGCGGUCAUCAUGGACACUGACCGGUCUACACAGCCCCAUACGCAGCAGGGUGUGAUGCACUGUGUGUUGUGAAACAUUCCUCCCAUAACUAUCAUUAAAUAUUCUGUGACUUGUGCCACAGUAGACCUUCUGUUGGUUCAGACCAGACGGGAUAGCGUUUGUUGCCCUCGCGCUUCAGUGAGCCUUGGACGCCCAACACCCUGUCGCUGGUUUGUGGUUUGUCUCUCCUCGGACCACUGUCAAUAGGUACUCACCACUGCUGACCGGGAGGUUCUGACCCACUCGUUUGGCCAUAACAGUUUGGCCCUUUUCAAAGCUGCUCAGGUCUUUACUCCUGCAUUCAACAUGUUGACUACGAGAACUGAUUGUUCGCUUCCCAUAUAAUCCACCCAGACCUUGACAUGUGACCUUGUUAGGACAUUAGUCGCUUCACCUGUGAGUGGACAUAAUGUUUUGGCUCAUCUGUGUAUGUACAUCUCUUUGCGUUUCUGCGACAGCUGUAAUAAGUCAUUUUAAGGGAGAAAUGUUAGAUACUUGUGUACUGAUCAAGGAGGAAAUAUAGACAUUCAUUUAAAUUCGUUGAGCAAAAAAAUUAAAUUCUGUGAAAAGUGCUUAGUAAUCUAGUAAUUAGUAAUCUGAUCACAAUAUAUAUAGAAGUAAUUUGUAGUGGAUUACUUUUUAGUAAUUUACCCAACACUGUCUAGCUACGCAAGUUGAAUUUCACAUGUCGUGUUCUGAAAAGCAUCGGAACGCAAUUCAUACUGCAAAACAAGAAGUAUUUGAACGCAAAUGAUUCUAGCUGCACAAGCUUGGUUUCAUGUGUUGUUGCAUUCCGCACAUACAACCUUUCCUUUUCUUCUUUUGCCUAUUUAGUUUAAUAGUGUACAGUAGCACACACUCAUCUGUCGACAAGUUUAAAGCUAUCUACCUAAAAUAAUAAACACAAUGGGUUUAAUGACUUUUGAAGUUAACUCUAUGGCCUCUUAAGUACUGAUGUUUGUUACUGCCACAGUAAGACAAGAAUGCACGUUAUGUACAAUAAGACCACGUGCUUACAACGCAUUUACCAAGGCUAUAGUCUAUAGUAAGUUUGCAUACUUGUGUAGAGUGUUUCUGGCCUUUUUAACAGAUGUAAACUUAAUUUCUUUAACUGGUAUAGAUAGCUGCUUUAUGUAAAACAACACAUUUAGAAAAAUAGUAUCAAACAGACUAAAGAUUACUAAAGUAGGCAUGCUUUUAUUGUAUUUGUUUGGCUUUUCUUUCCCGCGGAGGUCGCAUAGAAUUGUUGAUGCUUUUGUAAAUUCUGUAUAAAAAUGACAAAUGUUUGUUUUUGCUAGUUUCUUAUGAAUGAUCUAUACGUGUGCCUUUUUAAAACUCUUAACACAUUAUAACACUGCUUCCUUGUAAUAAGAGACUUCUGUAAAUAUUUGGAUGCUAACAGAUUGUUAAUUUUUUAACAUAGUGACAAGGAACUAAAAAAAACCCCACAAAAACAGAAAUGGAAUGAUUUUGUUUUUCUUAUUGCAAGGUGUUUUAUGGUCAUUUUUUAAGCAAUUAUCUGCCCCAAAAUAGAAAUUCUCCCAUCAUUUAUUUAUUUUCAUGGCACCAUCUUCCAUGAAACACAAAAAGAGAGGUUUUGAGGAAUUCUCAUGCUGAUCUUUGCCAUAAUGAUGAAUAAAGAAAAGGAAUUACUUCAGCAAAUGAUGUCAGAAUUUUCAUUUUUAGGUGAGCUAUUCCUAAAUAAUCAUUUGUUUUCACUACAGUUGGCUUGUUAUUCAAAAUCCUGAUGUAGACAUGUGUUGCAAUGGUUUAAUGAGCAUGUUUUCUUAAAGAAAUUAAUCCUCUAUCACAGCCCAGAAGUCCAUGUUGACUUUGCAUGUAAAAUGAGAGGAGUUUGUGCUUUCAGGAUAGCUGUGAAGGUCAAACUGCAUUUCUGAUGCACGGAGAGCAUUCAGUGGCCUCUCCAUAACCAAAUCCAGGAGCAGGACACUCUUAAAUACAGCCUUCAGUUGCACUUCACAUUCCAUUUCUUCUCUUUCCCUCACAAUCUCCAA